UUCCGGGAUACAGUUCCGGCUGAUGGAUUCAAGACUACAAUGUGCUACAAGGGUAUACUACAGUUCAUUAAAGGAGAGAUAUAAACUAGGGGGCUACAGAUAGGAAAUGAUAAGGAGAACAAUUGCAGUUUCGUUGAGCGUUGUAAUCAUAUAUGUAUCGUUCGUUCGUUAGACGAAAGCGUCCGUUCACUUGAGCCGGCGCAAGCGAACGUGAAGCUCUUCCAUAUUCUCAACAUUCCAUUCGCCACUCCAGGUGUUUUCUUUCUUGCGCCAGACUCCAAGACCACUGCGCGGCGGUGCUUUGUCCAGGACGGGUACAGCAAGGUUCUUCUUCUGCUGACGCCGAGAACCCAUGACAGCUUGUCGGGCGCGCUCCCAAGAAGCGUCAUCGAUAUUGAACAUGGCCGAGAACGGCCCUGGCGAUGCUGGACCCUCCGCAGUCGAGGGGGGCAGCGCCGCGGAGCGCCUGGGGAACGAGUCCAUUCCGAGAGCAUAAUGAAGACCAACAGCCGUCUUUGCGUGAGCUUCAGCAUCGACAACCCAGUCAGGAGUCGGUGUCAAAGGCCAUUCCGCCUCAGUCGAGGCAGGCGCUGGCUCGCGAUUGCGAAACAAGGCCAGACGCCGCUUUCGGGGUUGCUUCGCGCCGUUCGCCAUAGCCGCCUCCACGUUUCUUGGGGUCUGAGCCUGGCGAUGAUCAGGGAACACCAGCUCGAUUGGAACGUUCUCGCCCAAAGUGCGCUUGAGUUUGGCAAUUUUCCGAAUGCGAGCGUUGGGCGACUGGACCGGAGACUGAGGGAGGAAAGGUGACAACGGAGAAAGCGGUGACCGCAUAUGAUGUUCGAUCGCAGUCGACAACGCAGCAGGUGUCUCCGGGGACAGAAUGGCCGGCGGUGCAGAUUUGUGAGGUAUGAUAAUAUCAGCAGGCUUAGGCCGCAACGGCUUCGGCCUGGUCUGAGGAGUGACAUGGCCUGGUGAAGCGUCUGACGGUGGGUCUGAUGGAGAGAUCCAGAACUCUGCCGACUGGAUGCCCUCGUUGCGAGUCGAAACGGACUCCAAGGAUGUCGUAGAUGAGGAGGCAGAGUGCGGAAAUAUAUGGCAAUCGCGGCGACGGGCCUUCAGAAGACGUGGACUAGACGGCGGCACCGAGAAGUUCACAACAAACGUUAAUGGAGUAGAGGGCGCCGACCAAGCCGACUUCACGUCGGAGGCAGAGGUAGAAGGGGCAUUAGGAAGUGGGCGGGGCAUGAGCGAAGAAGAGAGUGUGCCAGAAUGGGCGUUCAGACAUGGUUGCCGCCAUUAAGUAGUUGACCGAACAAUUGAGAUGUAACAAUGCGUUCAGA